CAAAGGGAGAAGGCUCACCAGCAUGCAGGCAGGCAAGCGGUGAAAAAAAAAAACCCCACCUCAUUAAAAUCUCGUCUGCAGACCCGCCGCUGGUCGCGCGCAUUACUACUACAACUCCUCGCGCUGCUGCCGGUGCUGUCGACGGAGCCGGGGAGCGUGACGCGCGCGUAAAAGGUGUGCGGGGAAAGGCCACUCGUCCGGGAUAAUGGAGCCGAACCGUUAAGCGGGUCUCUCACGCAUAAAUACACGCUGCAGCUGCGAAGAAGAAGGCAUGGCGAAAAUGGACAAGAUCUGAACUUUGAGUCAUCUCCCGAAAGGAUUAUCGCACGAGAGCACAAUCUGACACGAGGAGGAGAAGGAUCAAAGUUUGCAUCUCUGAGAGGAAUAAGCGGACGGUAUGGCGCGAGGUGACAGCCGCCUGUGGACCUGGCAGGUGCUCCUGACCAUCUCCCUGGUCGUCGUCCCCCUGUCUGCUCACAGGAGGCAUUCACAAGCGAGGCUUCAUCCUCACUUCAAUCAUUCAUCCGUCAACAAGGAGGCCUUGCAGUCCAGGAUGGUCCUCAGCGAUGACUCAGCAGAGCGAGACCACCUGAUCGAGGCAGGGCUCAGUCUCGGGGCGAAACUCCCACUCCGCUCCGCCAAGCACCACCAUUCCCAUAAACGUGCCCACCUGGAUUUCGUGGAAGACGACCCCCCUGCAGGUGAGGAGCUGACGGCCGGAGGGGCCGGUCCGGACCAGCCUGGGAACCCUUUAUCAGAUGACGUCAUUACCGUGGAGUUUCACAGCCCCGCCCCGGAUAUCGUGCCGUCCGACAUCUCCCUGGAUUGGCCGAAAGCUCCGCAACCCCAGAAGCAGAAAGCUGGAGACCCCACUGCGUGGACCCUGUCAGACUUCUAUGACUACCUGUCCCCGGACGACGACCUCUCCGCCUUAGACACGACCCCAGAACCCGAGCCCACCCCUUCGCCGCCGCCCGACAUGGAGGACGAGAAUCCACUGCUGUCCGGUUCUCCCGCCAUCCCCAAAAGCGUGAAGCCCAACCCGGACAGCGGGCCGUCCUUACCAGCUCCUCCUAUGGCAGGGCAGGACAGGGCCGACGAGCUGGGCUUGGGCGGCGCCAUGGGGCCGGACGGCUGCAGGCUGGGCUUCGUGCUGUCCGGACCGGGGGUCUGCGUGUCUCAGUGUGACCUCGAACCCAAUUUCUGCUUGAACGGAGGGGUGUGCACCGUCGUGGCAGGAAUGGGGGCCUUCUGCCGGUGCAACGUGCAGGACUAUAUCUGGAACAAAGGCACGCGCUGCGAUUGGGCCGUCACAGAGUUCCAGGUGUUGUGUGUGGUGGUGGGCGUGUCCUCCUUCGUGCUCCUCCUGCUCUUCAUGAUCAUCGUAUUCUUUGCCAAGAGGUUGUACCGCCUCAAGAAUGAGAACCGACGCCUUCGUAAGCGCAGUAAGUACCGCCCGCAGAGCAGCGAGCCACAGACGGACGGCCUCUCGGUUUCCACAACAGCCGACGGCUCACAGCCAAACGUAAGGAAACUGUGUGACACUCCUCCGCCUGCUCCCCAAGCUCAUACUCACAACCUGGCGUACUAUGACAACAUUAUCUGUCAGGAUGAGCCCCAGAAGCAUGACGACCCGGCGAAGUCCCUUCAGCCCAAGGAGGACGGGUCCAUGAACAUCCUCAACUCCCAUUCCCCCAAGCACGAGAACAACCGCCCGCACUCGGCCAUCCACGACCAUGGCCACACCCCUAACAACACAGAGGAGAACGCCGAGGAUGGAGUCACUAUUGGUCUGGAAGUGCUUCUCCCCAAAGAGGCCAAGCUCCACCCGGAGACCGGCGCCCCCCUUCAGUACGACGUCUUCCUCUACAAGGUGGCCAACAAUGGCGACGGUGCCUCUCCGAGCCAAGGUCCCCCUGCUCACUCCCCCAGCUCGCACUCCACCCCUCAUCCGCCCAGAUCGCCCAAAACACCGAGAACGCCGAGAACGCCCAAGUCCCCCAAGAUGCCCAAGUCUCCCAAAUCCCCCCGCCACGGCAGGGAGCACCCGCCCGGGAACCGCGAGCCCCUGUCGGGGAGGCACUCCUCCCCGUGCCGCAACCCCUCGCCGGGCCGCCAUCCGUCGCCGAGCCGCCACUCGGCGCCCGGGUGUUACUCCUCCCCCGGCUGCCAUCCGUUCCCCCCGCACUCCCCCUCCCAGUAUAAGUGCGUGCCGGCCUACCCGUCCACCCCGCCCCAGCUGCGCCGGCCCAGAGGUCGCUCCCAGGCUCCGGGGUCAGAGGCCGCAGAGCGGGAGUGCCGGAGUGGACACAUCCGCCCGUCGCCCUCGUCGCCCCACCUCACCCAGCCCCCUCCGUCACCGUCCAGGGUGAAGUACAACCCGGUCAGCACCCGGUCCCUGCCGCCCCUCUGCUGACCGGCCGGCAAUCCAACAUCUGCCGGGCAUCUGCACUUUUAAACGCACAACCAUCUCUCAUCUGUCACGACCUAAUCUCUCAGUGAUCUCUCCAUUGUGGCUCUAACUUUUUAUUAGUGAUUUUUAUAGCUCUCUUU